AGGAGCCGAUCAAUAUUUAUUCUGCCUGUGUACGCUUCAGUCAGACGCCCUGGAGAAGGCUUUGAAACGCGCCGCGGAGAGGAUCAUGGAGUUAGAAAUAAAGGUGGGCUGAUUUCCAUUAAGCACUGGGCCCAAAAUUAUGUUUGCUCCGUACCAGCAUGGAGGAUCAAGCGCCCUCGCUCUCAUCGACGGAGAUGGAUACGUAUUUUCGCCUGGGUACUGGAGAAAAGGGAAAGAAGGCGGCCGGCAAGCAGCCGUUGUCCUCCACGAUACCCUGGCCGCUACAGCUGGCCUGCGAUCGCAAUUGUGCGCCACAAUUUAUUUUAAUCGCAAGGGGCUCGGUAGCACCCUAUGCGCCAACAGCAUUUGUUCGAAGGACCAAUUUGAGGACUUCAUCGUUGGGUUUAAUCAAUCCACGCCACUAUUUGCUAUGAUCGAUGCCGGUCAUGGCAAAGAGGCUGCUGACGCCAAGAUCAGGGGAACGCUGAAUUUUUUUGCGCACCUUCCCCAAACCAAAUUGAUUCUAUUUGGAGGGGCUACUUAACAGAGCUUUCCGCCUUGCGGACUGAAGGGUUACUUCACAAACUGGCGUUACUGAAAGGGUCAAGGAAGCUGGCACACGGAUUCGAGUCACUCCCAAUUCCAGUUAUCCCUAUUGAAGGUCUUUUUCUUGAGAGCAACUUAUCACCUAGUUAUUGGACAACACCAAGAGAGGGGCGGCCCUCCGCAUCGCU